CUCGAGCCGGCGGCCCGUCGGGGUCCCGCUGCGCGUGCUGGCUGCGCGGUGGCGGCGAGGACCCCCAUGUCGCCAGCCGAGCAGGGGCCCGCGGUCGCGCCCGAUGACGGCCGCGGCGGGCGCGCGCUCUCGAUCGAGGCGGCGGAGGCGCAGCUGGCCGAGGCGAGGCGCCAGGAGCAGGACCUCGAGCUGGAGCUCGAGAAGCUCUACCGGAAGGCCGUGCACCUCUGCCAGAAGCGAGAGUCGGAGCCUGGCGUACGCGCGCGAGCAGCACAAGCAGGUCCCCGCGGCGAUCCGGAAGCUGCAGGAGACUCUCCAGCAGACGUCCGGGAUCGCGGACGAGCUGAGUGGCAGGGUGCGGAAGUUGGACGCCGUCUGCGGCCGCGUCGGCGAGGCCCUGAAGCUGCAGGCCGCCCAGUACGUGGCGCGCUUCCGCGCCUCACAGGACGCCCUGCCGCCAGGCACGGACGAGGCCUCUGUGCGGGUGCUGCGGGAGGCGGAAGCCCAGCUCAGCGCCCUCGUACGCCAGCGCUUCGAGGGGGCCAUGGCGGCCAAGGACAGCGCGGGCGUUUCGCGCUUCGCCAAACUGUUCCACCCGCUUGGGCUUGCUGGCGAGGGCGUGCAGAAGUACGUGGAGUUCAUCCGCAAGUCCUUGGCGGAGCAGUGCGCGUUGGAGUUCCGGCAGCUGGCCCCGCCGUCUUUCGGCAAGAAGGUCGACGCGGAGCCGAUGCCGUAUGAGAAGGCGAUCCGGUCGGUCUACCUUGCCAUAGCCGACAUCGUCCAAGAGCACCAGGAGUCCGUGGAGAAUGAGUUCGGGCCCGAGAACUUCAUCGUCGUCGUGCGCGGCCUGCUGGACGAGGUGGACGUCCAGGGCAUACGCGUGCUCGAGAGGUUCUUCAAGGACAACGCCAAGGUCUUCCAGCAGCAGGCCACCGAGAUGCAGGAGGUCGGGGCAGUGUUGGAUGAGACAGCUGUGAUAACUCAGCGGACCCAGCAGUUCGACACCUACAUCCGUAAUGUAGCGGAGGGGGUCGUGGAGCUCAUCGCUGACAAAGAGGUGUUCGUCAAGAGCUUGCCACAGGGCUACAACGAGCAGGAUGGGCUGCCUCAGCUGAGCAAGCUGGUCCAUAGGGUCCAGGAGCUGGUCUCGUCUUAUCCGGCUGCCUGCGAGCAGUCGUUCUUGCUGAGAUCUGUGGAAAAGGCCAUACGUGCGCCAGACAGUCUUGACCCCAACGACGCUGAGCAGCUCACCACCACCCUGGUGGACGACGCCUUCUUCGUCAUGAGCACCUCGCUGGGGCGGUCGAUCAGCAGCUGCGAGAUCAAUGCGGUCUGCGCGAUGGUAAACCACGUCAACGCGGCGCUCGGCGGGGAGCUGAAGUCCGCGCUGGUGAGGAACCUCUCCGAGAGCAAGUCGUCGUACAGCAACUGGGUCACCUACCCCCAGAAUCUCGCCCCCGCGGAGCGAGGCCAGCACCCGCUCGCCACGCUCUUCGUCGACCAGGAGGGCCGGCCCAGGGCGUCUCUGACCGCGGCAGACAGCUGGCCGCACGCGCUCAACGACCUCCAGCAGUGCGUGGGGUACGUGGACAAGCUGCGGGGGGGGGCCUUCGACGAGUGGUUCCCGAGCGAGGGCCCAGACAAGGACAAGCGGGUCAUGUUCGAGCACUGCAUCGGCACGCUGGACGCCACGAAGGUGGAGCUGGAGAACGAGCACGCCAAGCACUGCAAGGACGGCCUCAACCUGCUCAAGAAGCACCUCCAGAGGACGCUGGUGCCGCUGGACACGCUGGACUACGACAUCGACGAGGCCCAGUAUAACGACUACCAGGUCAACGACCCCUUUGCGAGGUCGUUCAGCGCCCAGGCCGAGGUGCUCCACGCGCACCUGCGGUCCGUGCUGAACCCAGCGUCGUGCGACGAGAUACUGUCCCAGAUGGCCGAGCAGACGUGCAGGCGCAUCGAGAAGGCGGCGCUGUCCAAGCGCUUCAGCCUCUUCGGCGCCCUGCAGUUCGAGAGCGACGUGCGCGCGCUCUGCUCGUUCUUCACCAGCGUCAGCGAGCAGGCGCUCCGCCACAAGUUCGCCCGCCUCUUCGAGAUGUCCAGCCUCCUGAGCUUGGAGGGCGUCGAGGAGCUCCGGGACAUCUGCGGGGAGCUGAGGUCCUGGAGGCUGUCGCCGGAGGAGAUCCGCACGCUCCUGGAGGCGCGCACGGACUUCGACGCGACGCAGCGGGACCUGAACAUGCUGCUCCCGGCCUGA